AUGGGUCGAGAUGCGAGUGGGGCCAGGGCUGGUAUAAAAGGGGCACCGUGGCAUCUGCAGAGCAUCAGUCCUCAAAUCCAAGGAACAGCAGCAACCAUGAGGGCAUUCAUGAUCGUGAUUCUCGCCGCUUCCGCGAUGGCGCGGCCAGAAGCAGGCUACUCAUACUCCCAACCGAGCUCCAGUUACGGAGCGCCAACUGGAAUCGGUGGAGGCCUCGGUGGAGGACACGGCGGAGGACUCGGUGGAGGCCUCGGUGGAGGACACGGCGGAGGACUCGGUGGAGGCCUCGGUGGAGGACUCGGCGGUGGUGGUGGACUCGGCGGUGGACUCGGCGGUGGACUCGGCGGUGGACUCGGCGGUGGACUCGGCGGUGGACUCGGCGGUGGACUCGGCGGUGGACUCGGCGGUGGACUCGGCGGUGGACUCGGCGGUGGACUCGGCGGUGGACUCGGCGGUGGACUCGGCGGUGGACUCGGCGGUGGACUCGGCGGUGGACUCGGCGGUGGACUCGGCGGUGGACUCGGCGGUGGACUCGGCGGUGGACUCGGCGGUGGACUCGGCGGUGGACUCGGCGGUGGACUCGAGAAGACUCUGAUCUACGUGUUGGUUAAGAAACCAGAGGAAGCGCCAGAAAUCACCUUACCUACCAUUGCACCAACUCAACCGAGCAAACCAGAAGUCUACUUCAUCAAAUACAAGACCCAGAAGGAAGUUACUGCUAGCGGUGGUGGUGGCGGCGGUGGUGUCGGCGGUGGAAUCGGCGGUGGAAUCGAUCUUUCCUUGGAAUCUAUGCAAAAUUUGAGAAUCUUAAAACCAUUUCCAAUUGUAGCAAUCCGAGGCCAUGUUUAA